UUAUACUAUCUACAUUACAAGACGGUAAACAAGUCAGCAACUAGUGAUGGCCAGUCUGUCAACAAGACUGAAUGCUGCAUCAAGGACCCCAUUAGGACUGGAACAUCUUGACAUUGUGCUCAAUGCAUGCCAAGGAUGCAGUGCUAGAUGGGAAAGACUAGGACUGAGAUUAGGCCUCCACAAUGACACAAUAGAACAAAUAGAGAGAGAUCACAAUAAAUGCACUGACCAAAUGAGAGGAAUGCUGUCAGAGUGGCUGAAAGGGAAUUAUGAAGUGUCAGACAGAUAUCCAGAACCAUCCCAACAUUCACUGUGUAUUGCAGUAGCUGGGAUUAACAGAAGCCUGGCAGACACUAUAAGCAAUGAUCCAUCAUUCAGUGACAUCAAUGAUACACAAGGAUCCAAUAACAGCAGACCUCAUCCAUACACCACAGAAGAAUUGAUGCAGUUCUGUACUUGCACCCAAUGUGACCUGGAGACAAUAAUCACUACAGGCUGCCCUCAAAAAAGAGAAGAUUUCCAUCCUCUUGAUAUCAAACGACUUUCAUCAGAACAAAGGCAUGUAUACUUACAUCACGCGAUAACAGAAAUACGAGAGAUUAAGAGACAAUGGACUCGCACUUACAUCCGAAUCACACAGUCAAUAUCAAGGAAUACUGGAAUAUCAGUCUCUUAUUUAAAAACCGUCAUAACGACACUGGAUUGGUUUGGAGCAGCAAAAGACAAAAACUGUCGUCUCCAGCGAUUGAAUGAGUGCCAAGACAAGGAAAGCAUAUUUGAAGUGUAUGCAGAAAUAUGCUCAUGGCUCAACCAUCAUCCCCUACGAGAAAUAGUGGAUGAAUGUGGAACGGAAAAUGAGAAACAAGAAUAUGAAAAAUACAUUGCCAAAAAAGAACAAUUCCUGCGUCACUCAAUAACAUUCUUCACUGACUCAUGCAGUCAGGAUCUUGGAGGAGCAGUCACUGAAGUUAAACUGUUUCGCCUCAAGUUAGACACAGAGCUAAGCCAUGAUGUGCUGGAUGGUACCAUCCUCCCAUUCCUUCAAGGAGAAGUAGCCAAACUUCUCAGCAUACCCCAAAUGAAUCUCUACAUUUUGUCACUUAGAGAGGGCUGCUUUGAAGUUGUUUUUUCGAUUCCUGAAAUUACAUAUAACAAGAACUUUCCACUGACGCUUGAUCGCUCAAGAGCAUUGGAAAACUUGACUUAUGAGCCAGUAGGACUGAAAUUCAAAUCAAUGUAUUACUCAGAUGUAGAUACUCAUACUUUGAGUGCCAAAUCUGAUGAGCAAGAAAUAUCAUUUAAUGAUACAAAAGAACAAAUUAUCAGUUACCCAACCGAUACAAUAAAAGUCUUAUCUAUACCAGUGAAUCACACAGAAAAGGGUGAAACCAAAAGCAACAUCAUAACUGAUGAUACACUAUGCACACCUGACAUAUCAGAUGGGGCAAGAAAACAUCGAUUAAGUUCAAAUAAUCACAAACAUGAAGAUGACCCUCUUGAUUUCAAAGGAACAAAUUUAUCAGAGAGAAUAAGUAAACAAAAUGAGGCAGACAUUGAACUGGACCAUAUUGUACAGUCAGGUCGCAUAAGAGGAAGACGGCCACAAAUAUUAAUGAGACCCUCAUUUUCAGAAUUGGUGGAAUCAAAUGAUUUUGGAUGCCCAAAUUUAAAAAGACAAAAAAAGGAAUAAUGACUUAAUCACUGUUAGAUGCACUGUAUAUCUCAAUUAGUACAAACAUUAUU